AUGGAGAAAGGCCUAAAAAUCAUGACAGAGGAAAUGAAAGAUCUGUCCCUGGAUAAAGUGAAUGAAUGCAGGCAGAAGCCUGAACAAAUCCUCAUUGAUCAGCUGUGUAACUGCUGCUGGAUCUUGAAUGCUAACGACCAGGAGCUGAACCGCUGGUGCUCUCUGAGGAAGACCUGCAUGUUCAGGUCUGAGAAGGAGGAGCUGUGUGUUCUGAAGAAUUAUAAAGUGAAGGCACAGAAUGUGAGGAAGAAGAAGGAAGUCCUGAGCUCUGUGUAUUCUGAGGAGGACAAAGAAACAACUGAGGCUAAGACCAAGCUGGGAAAGAAACGGCGAGACCGUCUGAAGAACGCCGAUAAGCAGAUCACAGGAGCGGAAGAAGCGAGCAUGGAUUCUGCAGAGGAGACAUUUCAAGCUCUCAACGAGGCUUUGGACAACACUGAGGAAGGAGAGGAGAUCCUGGUACCCAAGAAGAAGAAGAAGCUAGAAGAGCAAACCAAGGAUACAGCGGAGCAGACAGCAGAGAAACGAAAAGAAGGCAAGAACAGGACUGCAUGGUCCAAGAAGAAGCCCAGGAGGUUAGGUGGACGCCUCCAACCAGGAACCAAGAGGGUGAAAAUAGGUGGCCGGGAGUUCAGCAGACAGAGACUGAAGGCCUACACUCAAAAAAAAAACUUGUUCCCAGAACGUAAUAAAAUUAUGGAAAUAAUUUCCACCUAA